AUGGAAUCUGAAGAAGAAAACAUUUAUUUAGAUGAAAAUUAUAUUAUUGAAAAUAAUAUUUCUGAAAUUAUUGAUGAUGAUAUUUUAGAUAAUAUUAAUAAUAUUAGUGAAAAUGAAACUAAUAUUAGUCAGGAAAAUGAAGAAAAUAAUAUAGAAACAGAUGAUAAACCAAAUUUUAGAUCUACUGUUCAUCAACAUUUUAAAAACAAUUUUUUUCAAACUAUAAUUAAAAGACUUAAUAAUAUAGUAAAAAUUCCUUCAGCAGAUACUAUUUCUAACAAAAUUGUUAAACUUUAUAAUAAUAAACAACUUAAUUUACAAAAAAAAUUACAAGAAAUACCAAGCAAAAUUUUAUAUACUCUUGAUAUUUGGACUUCUAAAAACCAAAAAUCUUUUAUUAGAAUAACAGCAUAUUGGAUUUCAGAAGAUUAG